UCAUAAGACAAUUCGGCAGUAGAGCAAGUGAACAGCGAUGUUACAGGCUUGCUUUAUAGUAGGCUAUAUGAAUAAAACACAUCAAUAAAGGAUCUAUGUUUACGGUCAAGAACGGAACGAUGGAAUCGAUACUCACUGCUUUUAUAGUGGCAUGCUCCGGUUUCUUCACGGUUUUUGCUGGAGAGUUGUGCACCAAAGCCCCUGAGUUUAAGCCCAGUGGGAAGCCAUCUCAGCUACGGGAGACACUGGGCUCAACGGCAUUCCUGAACUGUACCGCCCUCGUAUCCUGGGACCCCCAGGACCAACCCUGUGACGCUCUCGUGUCCUGGAGAAAAGAUGGCGGCCUUCUUUCAAAUCAUAGCCUGCACCCUCGGAAUCUCUCCAAAUGGCUCGUCAGCCCCACUCAGCAGAUGCUGAACAGUGUGCUGGUGGUGAGGUUGAGGGAGGAGGAAGACUUUGGGCUGUACACCUGCAGAGUGGGAAAUGCCUCCACCGACUUCAGUCUGCACAAUAUAAACCGCCCCAGCCACACAGCUGCACUGAUAGCUUCCAUGAUUCUCCUGCUUAUCCUCACCACCUCCUCUAUAUUGUACUCCACAUGCCACCUCAACAUCCAACUCUGGUACAGGAAUAAAUAUGGGGACUAUGAGAUCAAUGAUGGAAAGAUAUAUGAUGCUUACAUCUCUUACGUAAACAAUAAUAACGACAGGAAGUUUGUCAACUUCAUCCUCAAACCUCACUUGGAGAAUAAGCAUGGACACAAACUGCACCUCAAUAACAACAACAUCCUGCCUGGUUCAGAGCCGUCCGCAGAACUGUUGAUGAAUGUGAGCCGUUGCCGGCGGCUAAUCUUAGUGCUCUCUCACCCCUACCUGGAACAGGAUUGGUGCUCCAACAACUUCAGGCAGAGCCUUCUGCAUGUGUUGGAGCUGUCCCAGCAGCUCAUCGUCAUUAUGUUUGAGGGCCAAUCCAAACACAUGAGCAAGGAGAUCAUGUUUCUGCUCAAGGAGCACGAGAAGCACCUCACCGUGCUAAACUGGAGCAACUACUCAAUUACCCCAUCGUCAGUGUUCUGGAAGAAGCUGGCCCUGGCCAUGCCCCGCAGCGUGGUCCUCCACAGUCACGCCGCUGGAGACCCCCAGACCCUGCUCCAGGACGACAAGGACCCCAUGCUGACCCUGAACCCAGACUACCUGGACUGCCGUCCAGACCCAGACCCCUCAGGUGACCUAGGUGUGCGCGUGCCUGUGUGCAGGGCGCUCACUUCCAGAGCACCCGCUCUCCCCGCUGCUCCUGCACCAGCGACUAAAGCUAAUCAGUCAGACAUCGACGUGUCAGACCUGGGCUCUCGUAACUAUGGAGCCCCCACGGACUUCUACCGCCUGGUUACAGACGAAGACGUGUAACCUGGACAACCCUCGAUACUCCAGCCUCCGUCACUCACAGAGCGCUGUGGGGAACACACAUGGGCUCUCACCAGCUGUGUCAUAUUUUUCAGUUUCCAAGUUAAAAUAUGUUACUGUAUUUGAAAUGUUAUUGACAUUGGAACGUUUCUGUUAUUUUUACUAGACGUUAGGUUUUUAUAUUUCAAUAAUCCAUACACAAAUUUACACUUAUCAUAAUUGUUGUAAGUGCUAUAGUGCUUUAAUGUUAAGGCCAUUGAUUGUUAUUGUUAAUAAUUGGUCAAUUCUAAUCAGAUUUCAUAUGGUUCCGACAUCUUCAGAUGUAAACAUCUGUGAUCCUCCCACAAUAUCCUGUUGAAAUUGUACAUAAGAGCUCAAACUUUACUCAGUUGAUCACCUUCUACUCCAGCAGAGGGCAAAAUUGAGUCAGAUGUCUCAUGCAAAUAUGCCUUAUUCAACAAUGGAUUAUAUCAAUAGAAUAACAUGUUUCUUAUUCUUGUCUAUUACAUAUAUCUCUGUGUUGUCAGUAUGAUAUGAAUGUGUACGAUUGUGUAAAGAAGAUUAAAAAAGAUAAGA